AUGGAGGCCCACACAAUCCUGGUGACAGGUGGUUGCGGUUGCGUUGGCUAUCAUAUUGUGAAAGCCUUACUUGAGGAAUCAUCUUCUUCCGAAAUCCAUGUUUUCUCGCGCAAUCCAACCCAAAAUCAAUUACCAAAGGUAGAAUACCACGCGGGAAGCCUCACCAACCCAGAGGACUUAAAGUCAAUCUUUUCCAGUGUCCAACCAACUGUUGUAUUACAUGUGGCGUCACCUACAUCUGCGGGCAACACUGCAAGCGCAAAGCUAUUCUACGAUGUGAAUGUCGAAGGGACCAAAGCCCUUCUCGCUAGCGCUCAGCAAUGCGAAAGAACAAAAACCUUCAUUUAAACCUCAUCCUCAACUGUUGCAAGAUCUCCCAAUCAUUUUACAACAGAAACCCAGCCAUUGUUGCCCACAACCUCAAAGACCGAUUUUAAUUACUAUGCAACGACCAAAGCAAUAGCUGACCCAUUUGUCCUAAAUUCCAAUGAGCCGAACGGAUUGAAAACAUGCUGCCUUCGACUUGCUCUUAUCUAUGGCGAAAGAGACAAUCAAAUGAUUCCUGGUGUGAUGAAUGUUCUCCAUGACAAUCAACACACCAAUCAGAUAGGAAACAAUACAGCGUUGAUGGAUUUUCUCUCUGCUCGAAAUGCCGCCCGGGCACAUGUUUUGGCGUACAAAGCCUUGAUGAAACCCGAAUCCGCCUCCCACUCGAAAAUUGCUGGAGAAGCAUUUUUUAUCACUGAUGGAAAGCCGGUGCCGUUUUGGGAUUUCAGCCGGAAGAUUUGGGCAGCUGCUGGUGAUAAGACACCGCCUGAAAAAAUCAAUUUAGUGCCAGUAUGGCUUGUAUUGGGACUUGCUGUUGCGCUAGAGUGGAUAUAUUGGGUAUUCACAUUUGGGCAAAAGAGUCCUGGGUCUUUAAGGAGCCACACUAUUCGAUGGGUGACUGAAGAGCGAACAUACUCUAUCGAAAAGGCAAGGGAGCGAUUGGGUUAUGACCCUGUUGAUGAGACGGACCAAAGUAUCAAGGAAGGUGUUGAGUGGCAUUUGAAGGAAUUGAAGGAAAAGGGGGGAAGAUAG